CUGCUAGCGCCGGAGAGGCGGCGGGUCCCUCGGCCACGCGGGGCCGCUUUGGACGCGGAUCGGAAGUUGGAGGCAAACUCCUGUGAGCGGCCGCCGCGGGGACGGACAGAUGUGAAGGAGAAUCCCGCCGCCUCGGGUCCGGAAUGAGUCCUUCUCCGAAGGAGGCUUGGGUGCCACUCUGCUUUCUCCAUACUGACGUUUCCACUUGAUCCAGCGCUCCAUCUGCUCCCUGCUCUCGGCUUCCUUCCAGAGGGGCUGCCUGUGCACCUUGACCCCAGCAGAUCGAGGGGGCCACCAUGCUGAUAAAGGAGUAUCGGAUCUGCAUGCCACUCACCACUGAAGAGGCGCCCUCCCUGGCCAGUGGAACCCAGCCCUCCCUGGCACCUGUUACCUGCUCCGUCCCCUCCCAGCCCAGCCAGCCGGGUAGAAGUGUUCAGAACAGAGUACCGCGUUGGACAGCUCUACAUGAUCAGUAAGCACAGUCACCAGGAGAGCGAAAAAGGCGAGGGUGUGGAAGUGGUGAAAAAUGAGCCGCAUGAAGACCCUGUCCACGGGCCCGGCCAGUUCACUGAGAAACGUGUGCACCUGUCCAGCAAGCUGCCCAGCUGGGCCCGUGCGGUGACCCCCCGGAUAUUCUACAUCACAGAGAAGGCCUGGAACUAUUACCCCUACACCAUUACGGAGUACACGUGCUCCUUCCUGCCAAAGUUCUCCAUUUACAUUGAGACCAAGUACGAGGAUAACUGUGGAGACAACGCGAAUAUCUUCCUCAGUGACAAAGUCCUGGGCGAUCAUGAGGUCACCUUCCUGGACAUCGCCUUUGACGAGAUUCCUGAGCGCUAUUAUCAGAGCCCAGAGGACCUACGGUACUUCAGCUCGGUGAAGACGGGCCGGGGGCCCUUGAGAGAAGGCUGGCAGGAGCAUACCAAACCCAUCAUGUGCUCCUACAAACUGGUCACGGUCAAGUUCGAGGUGUGGGGACUGCAGACACGAGUGGAGCAGUUUGUCCACAAGGUGAUCCGGGACAUCCUGUUGAUAGGACACCGGCAGGCCUUCGCCUGGAUAGACGAGUGGUGCGAGAUGACGAUGGACGAGGUGCGCCAGUAUGAGAGGGAAACUCAGGAAGCCACCAACGAGAUCAUCGGCAGGGUAACGCCCUCCAUUUCCAUCAGCGAGGUGGGGCAGCCCUCAGCCACUCACAGCGCCCCUGCUAGUGCCCCCUCCACGCCACUGAGCGGCGAUCCCCCAGAAUUUCUCAGCGCCCCCAAGGACAGGGCCCGGAAGAAAUCCGCUCCGGAAAUGCUGACACUGCCAGCACUGAGGGAGCGCGCCAGUGCUGAGUAAUAGCUACCCUUGGGCCAAGCCUAUCGGAUGGACGCAGAGCCCCGAUUCCUUCCCCCCAUGACUUGGGGACAACGCCAUCCACCUAACCUGCCUUGAGUUGCCUAAACUCUACAGUUGUCCUUCAGAAUGUCGUUCCCUCCCUCCCAAAUAAAAGAAAUCCCAGAUCGGUUCCAGAGCCGGACAGCGGAAGCCCCGUUGUGAGGUUGCAAACUUCCCUGCUGUCACAGACGGCCUGAGGCUGCCGUCUCCCUACUCCCCUGUGGUCGUCUCUCUCUUCUCAGCAUUCCAGUGCAGGCUCUGUUUUGCCAGCCAUCGACUCAGGGAGAGCUCCUGGUCCAGCCAGCACAUCGGCGCCACUUCUUGAGGGAGAUGCGCUGCACUGAACCAUUUCGGCGGCGCUGCUCAGCCACCCCUCACCUGUCCUGGGGGGUGAUGAUCCUCCAAGCACCCUCUGCUGGAGCCAGGAUGGGGAAGGAAGCCAACAUGCCAACCUCUCCCUAAGGAAGUUGGAAGCACCUUAGAAACGACAGUGGAUUCUGCUUAUUAGCAACCUCUUAGCUGCCAUUAUCUGGAAGUUACCAAUGAGCGGGAGGCAGGUGUACGGGGCUGCUGCUAGGGAAAGAAGUGUUGGGAUACGCUGAGCAGGGUCCUCGGUGCCAGGGCAGGAGAUGUCCUGGAGAGCGCAUGGAAAGGUACCUUGCAAGCCCAGCGCUUCCUUCCUGUGCUGCCCUGCAAACCUGCCUGCAGCUGUGGCCAAGCUGUCAGUAAGCAGCAGGCCAUCGGCAGUGUGCGAAUCCCAUUAACAUUACAGGGGGCAGGAUCAGCUGGCCGAACACUACUAUUAACCAGAAGUUGUUAGCAUCAGGAUUCCUUGUAGGUGGAAUCUACGAUAUCCAUAAAAACUGCCAGGCAUUGGCUGCCUCUGGUCCCCACUGGGACCUGGAGACUUAUAGUUGAUGUCCCUGCCGCCUGCCAUGAUUUCUGGCUGCACGCCUGGCUUCCCUGUAAAACAGUGGCCCCACCAUCCACCUAACCUCACUAUACAGUCUCCUCCCAGCUGCAAAGCCAUGGUGAGGGCAUCUGCUUCCUUCCCAGGCUAAAUAGGAGAGCCAGGUAUUGGACUGAAGGGUGGUGCUGCCGACAGCCCUAUUCAGACUGCUUUGGGGACAAUCCCCUGCGGCCAAACAAGAUUUCUCAUGGCACUGGUGAAGAGCCAGGCUGGGGCCUUGUCUACGCUAGGGACAGUUUCCUACCUGUUGCUAGCCCUGGUUCUCUGGCACUAGCUAUGUUAGGAGCCCCAGUGUAGAAAAGGCCCCACCAGAUUGUACACCUGCUCUGAGUAGGGGGUUAUGUGACACAGGCCUGAUUAUCAUUUACACUCAGGGCCCCACCCUCUGCCCCGUCAGUAGUUCAAAGCAGCUGUGGUGUGCAUUGGCGCUGGCAGACAGCAAGCCGGCUUUGCCAGGCCCCGGUGUUGCUAAGCGGUGGGUAUGCCUCAAUGUUAGGAAUGGGGAGGGGAGCUUCAGCCUUUGUCUCUAGUGUAGACAGGUCCCUGAAGCCUGAAUUGCUGCUCUUCACAUUGCUGCUUCUGCUGUCCCCGCUGAGCUGUUCCAACUGCGCCUCAGUCACCUCAGACUUCAGCAGCCUUGAAACUGCCUCUUGCUAAUCCAGCUCCCUCCUGGAGUAGGGUCUUAUUGCCAGCUGAGCCCCAGGAGCUGCCAUGCAGGACCCAAGGGAUGCUGGAAAUGUGCAGACUCUGGGAACGGGGGUGUCUACCACCAGCCGUCACAGCCAUAAGGCUGGUUUUGAACCGCCCAUACUAAGCACACGUUGAAUUGCACUUAUUCCUAAACAGGAAUCUCCCCAACUACUUCCCCUCUGCUAGGGCCUCCUGGCUGGUCUCUGUUUGGGUUGUAAUUAUCCAUGCUAUGAAUCAUAUCCCAGACCAGCGGAAAUGAAAUAGCCAGUGUCUGCUUCAAGAAAGUGCAUGUGCCUGCUGCAGAGACAGGGAUGGUCUAACCUGAGGAACAAGUCCCUGAUCCCGUGAGGAUCCGAGCACCUCUGCUGUAGCUCUGUGCCCCUUCUGUUGAGGGUAGAGGCCUCAGCAGCAAGCAGGGUCAAGCUUGUAGUGUUUUACAUGAGGCCACUGGAAGAGUAGAUUAGCUCUUGCUUGGGAUCCAUAGUUACCCGCUGAGAAGCACUGGGACAUGAUGGGAAGAGGCUGGGUUUGGAGAGGCACCCACAUGUUUGGAUAUUUUUCCCAACCUUCUACAAACUAUCUCAAAGUCUUGAGUCUGCAAAACUGGACUGGGAUUUGAUGGGAACAGGGUCUCGUGGCAUUUUGUCACCCCUGGAAGCUAUGUGAAAAUGGGGAACAUUAACCAAGCAUUUUGGACAAGUUGAGUUUGAGCUGAAGGUUUGCGUUUAUUUUUAAUUUGAUCUAGGCUGGUUUGUCCGCCCCAUGGGUGAGUGUAAAGGGCUGAUGCAGUUGUGUAGAAAAUCCAUUCACUGCCUGGCAGCGCUGAAUGUGCAGUGGAAGGAAGUGUUUUUAUAUGUGCUAUAGAAGGUUGGAUAUUCGAGAUGGGCUAGACCCAGAGACUCCAAUUCAAACCCUUCCCAAGGAUGAGGAGUUGGAUUUGAAUCCUCCGAGUGUGGUUCGGGUUCUGGAUCAAAUCCAGAAUUGAGAGGGAUCUAUUUGCUACUUCCACGAAUCAGCUGAAAUCUCACAAAGCCACAUGGCAAGAUUUUUGCACCCUCGGAUUUACACUGAAGACCAGAAUUCCAAGUCAGAGCCUUGCUCCUUAGGAUCUGAGUCCAUCUCUGGGGUAGAUCAUUGUCCCUGAUUGGAUGGAUUUUACAAAGCCGCCUCUGGUGUCACUGAGUUUUAUGUACCUCGCUCAAGUUUUGUGUAGUAUGGACUAAGCCUUAUAAUGUGUCUGGUGCUUCCUGGGUCUCAGGGCCUUGUGCGGCUGGGAUUUGGUCUGUGUUCUGCCGGGAUGCAACAUUCCAGUCUGGACUUCUCUGCUUCAUGUCUUUAAUCGUGAGCCCUCGCAGGUUCAUGCGUUGUGCCAAAUUCCAGGGCUAUGUGUUGGUGCCCGUGGAAAGUGUGUGCGUGAGCAUGUGGGUGUGUGGACCACUGGCCUCACGUAGCCAUAAGCGUGUGUUCCCACUGCAGCCAAUGCGGACGUGUUUGGGCUGCUUCAGUUUUGGUCCCCAGAGGCACUGGGCUGGGGUUCUGUCUCUUGUGGGUGGCCCAGGGCCUUGGCUUCCUGAGGUGCCACCUGGGCAAGUGUGCAGCAGCUGGCAAUGGCAGGGGCUCUGCAGGGAGCACACAGGAGACUGGCUCUUGAUUGGUGCCCUCUGAGCAAGUGCCAAAAAUCAUGUAUGGUGGCCAGAGGCCAGUGCUGAAGCUGAAGGGCCAUUCUCUUAUAAAUAGCACCUGGCCAUGGGUGUCUGCCGAAGAGCCACUCCCGCCAUUCCUCCACCCCAUUCCCAUUCUGAGUCCAGGGGUUGUGUGUGUGCAGAGCCCCUGCCUCUCUGUCCCCCUGCACUUUGAAUGGGGCUAGGGCUGCAGCUGCCAGCCUGUAAAUAGGGAUUUGCUGAAGACAAAACCCAAAUGUGAGACGGGAGGGUCUGCAUCACAAUAGGGUAUGGGGGAAUGUAUCUUGCAUGCAAGUGUCAUGAUGUAGCAUUUCCCACCGCUCAUCUGGCUUCCUACCCUCCCCGCCCAACUCCCAACUGCUCUUACCCCCUUCCCUCUGUGCCCCGUCCUCUCACAUCCUCACUGAUUUCUUUCUUUCUCUUCCCCUCCUCCCCCGUAGGCAGCCAGGGCAGUGUGAGUCUGUGACCUGUGGGCUGAGGGAAGCCCUGGGUGCAGGCUGCCAGGUGUGCGCUGAGCUGGUAGCAGUGGGCACUGCCUUUCAGCAGAUCCGGGUGGGGAGAGGGGAGCAUAGACCUUCCCUGCUGAGAGGCUUAAAUCAGCUCUUGAAGGACAGGGACACCCGACCCCUGCAUUCCCUGCAGACUGUUGAGGCCACCCCCUGGAUGCACAGGGGCUCAGCCUGGGCCUAGGGAAGCAGGCUUGCCCUGGUGACACCAGCACCUCCAUCUGUCUGUUCCAGGCAGGCAAUGUGAAAUAUUUUUCUCGAAUUUGUUCCUGCAGCCCCGUGCUCCUCGCAUGUGAGAGGCCAUUUUGGUGUGGGCCAGCUAAAGGGGGGGCAGGGGCUGGCUUCCUUUCUUACAAUGAAGCCCUUUUCAGAAAUAAAGC